AUGUUUGCUGAAUUAGAUAUUGCUGAUCAUCUUGCAGCUACUGAUACACCACAAACAGCUAAAGAAUUAGCACAAAAACAAGAAUGGAAUAGUGAAUUUCUUUGUCAACUUUUAUGUAGUGUGGCUGAUGCUGAUAUUGAUGGUCGUUUUCUCACAUCAAAUCAUCCAACUUCACAUUAUUUACCUAAUUUAUUACGUGAUGGUUCGAGCAAAGAUACUUUUAUUCAACGAGUAACUAAUAAUGAAGCAAUAUUCGAUUUCUUGAAAACAGAAGAAAAUACAAAUAUCGCUCAUAAUUGUAACGAAACCAUGACAAGUAUGUCAUCCUAUCAUAGUCAAUAUAUUGUUAAUAGUGUUGAUUUUGAUCGAUUUAAUACAAUCGUUGAUAUCGGUGGUGGUUUAGGUUGUCUUUUACCUCAUAUACUUGAAAAAUAUUCAACAAUCAAACAAGGUAUUUGUUUUGAUUUACCUAAUGUUAUUUAA